AUGAAGCAGAUUCGAAAUAAUCUUCAACAAAUAAAACAUCCACAAUAUCAAUAUAAUUUUUCCACAAUACAAAUCUCAAUAAAAAAUAAACCUAUCUUAAUUCGUAAAAGUUUACGUAUUAAAAAUCGGAUAAAUUAUUCCGAAAUACGUCCUUAUUUUAGAUCAUCUUUUGUACCUGUUCUAUACUAUUGUUCAAAUUGUAAUCAUUUUCGAAAGAUAAAUUUUUGCAAACAUUGUAAAAAAUCUAUAAAUGAUGAUUUUGAUUCCGAAUCUAAUGAAUCUGCAACAUUAUCUUCAAUAACUGAAGAAUCUCAAAAAUCUUGUAAAAAUAAAGGAAUUUUUGACGAUGUGAUUGAAAAAUAUUCUUCAAAAUACAUCUCAUCCCAAUCUGGAACAGUAGAAAAUGAAUAUAUCUUUUGGUCAGAUAACGAAUUGCGAAUGGACGAUAGUGAUAACGAAUUUAUUAUUUAA